AUGGCGGCACGUGUGAUCGCUGCUCUUCUCAUAUCGGUUGGUUUCACUGUGGACGAUUUCUAUUUGAGCCGAGAAACAAUCCGCCGUAACAGGGGUAAACAACGUAAGGCUCUGAGUAAUACUAUCAAAGAUAACUCAAAAAACGGAUCUUUCACUACGGUUCAUUGGGACGGCAAGCAAUUAGCAGCACUGGGGAACAAAUACGAGAAGAUCGAACGACUCCCUGUUCUUAUAUCAGGCAUUGACGGAGAUGAAUUACUCGGGGUUCCAAAGCUCGAGAGUGGAACUGGUGAAGAGCAGGCAAAUGCCAUUUUCAAGUGUUUGGACGAAAGGGGAUUUCUUGAUGUUAUAUGUGCCAUGGUUUUCGAUACCACGGCUAGCAAUACUGGCAGUUCAAAUGGUGCAUGUGUCCUACUGGAGAAAUUAUUGGGAAGAAGUCUAUUAUAUCUUGCUUGUCGGCAUCACGUGUUUGAGCUUCUGCUGAAAGCUGCCUUUGAUGUCUCUAUGGGCCCUACCUCUGGUCCAGAUAUUUGUAUUUUCAAACGAUUUCAAGGACAGUGGCAGUACUUGGAGAAGGGAAAAUUUUCGCCAGGAGUUCAAGAUGAAGAAAUUCAAGCCGCAGUCAAGGAUGAUGCGAAAGAUGCCCUCACAUUUGCGUAUUCGCAGCUGAAGAUUGCGAGCAUUCGAAAAGACUACCAAGAGUUUGUAGAGCUGGUGAUCAUGUUCCUAGGCGGGAAUCUUCCAGAUGGCAAUCGGUUUCGAGCUCUAGGCCCCAUUCAUCAUGCUAGGUGGAUGGCGAAAGCAAUUUACUCACUUAAAAUUUUUUUGUAUAGAGAUCAAUUUUCCAUGAAAGCGUAUGAAAUAUCAGGUUUGAAGAGUAUUUGUAUUUUUAUUGUUCGUUUCUACCAGAAGAGUUGGUUCACAGCCCCAAAUGCAGUUGAAGCACCGAAAAAUGACCUAGAAUUAUUGAAAAAAUUGGCAGCUGAAAACAACUCUGCAUCUCCAAAAAUGUACAACGCUGUGUUUGGAAAAUUUGUGAACCAUCUCUGGUAUUUAUCAGAAGAAUUGAUCGCUUUCGCCUUUUUUGAUGACUCUUUGGAUUUAGACUGUAAGAGAAGAAUGUGUGAAGCGAUCAAAUCUCGACCUGCCCUUAAAAACGAUAGAAAAAAGCGAAAAUCAGACAUGAAGGAUCAAAACUUCAUCCAAGAGUCAAGUUUAGAUCAAUUCGUAACACAGAACACCAUUCAGUUCUUCAAAAUUUUAAAUAUUGAAUCUAAUUUCUUGGAUAUCGAUCCGAUAAUGUGGGGAGAAAGCGAAGAAUAUGUUAAAGCUUCAAAAAUUGUGAAAUCACUUCUCGUGACGAAUGAUCUAGCCGAAAGAAGUGUGGCUCUGAUCACUGAAUAUAAUGGUUUGCUCACGAAGAAUGAAGAAAGUACACAAGAUGUGAUGCUCAUAGUGAAGAAAUUGAGGAAGUUGACACCGGAUUGCACGAGGGAAACCUUAAAGUUUUCAUUAGAAAAUUAUUUAACCAAGCGGGAGGCAGCAAAUAUGUGACAGCGCGCAUGUCACUGAGUGAUGUCUUAAUGUUUCUUUUGCCAUCAAUAUAUUGAUGGCGAGCUUCCAAAUGGUUUCAUCAGAAUGGAGUUUUUUCUUCCUCGCAUAUCCUUUCCCAUUUCAAAUCGUCCUAAUUUAACAAUAAAUGAC